UGAAAUGAAAUGUCAAAUUCUCGUAAAUGGGCGAUACGAUAGCGUUUCUGACACUCCCUUUUCCUUGAUUAUUGAUAAAAACAUAUUUAAGUGAAGCGUAAAGGACUAAAAAAUGAAUCUCCUCUAACCGAUUCAGUGAACUGAAUACCAUGAAACAUUGACUUAACGUGUAAAGUUGGUACGUUGAGAUCUAGCACAGUGUAAGAACCAUGUCGACACUGUCAAGAUCAGUCCACAUCAGCCAGCAGAAGCUGGCUGAGAAGCUCAUCAUUCUCAAUGACCGAGGUAUUGGAAUGCUGACCAGGAUCUACAACAUUAAGAAAGCUUGUGGAGAUGCCAAAUCAAAACCAGGAUUUCUUUCUGACAAGGUUUUAGAGUCUUCUAUCAAGAAUAUUGUAAGAAGAUUCCCUAACAUUGACGUCAAAGGCCUUCAGGCCAUCACAAACAUUCGUAAUGAAAUUAUUAAAUCCCUUUCACUGUACUACUAUACAUUUGUAGAUCUGUUAGACUUUAAAGACAAUGUCUGUGAACUGCUAAAUAUUCUUGAUGCCUGUCAAGUCACUUUGGACUUGACACUAAAUUUUGAACUGACUAAAAAUUACCUAGAUUUGAUAACAACAUAUAUUUCUUUAAUGAUCUUGCUGUCGCGUGUCGAAGAUCGCAAAGCCGUGCUAGGCUUAUUCAAUGCUGCCCAUGAAAUGGUGAACAACCAAAUUGAUCCAAGUUUCCCUCGCUUGGGACAAAUGAUAUUGGAUUAUGACGCUCCUCUUAAAAAACUUUCGGAAGAGUUUCUCCCUCAUCAAAAAGUGCUCUCUAGUGCACUUAAUUCUCUGUGGCAAGUAUAUCCUGCAAGAAAUCUGACAGCAGACACUUGGAGGUCGGAACAAAAGUUAAGCUUAGUUAGCAACCCGGCACAACUUCUGAAACCAUCUGAAACUAACACCAUGUCAUGUGAAUAUGUGUCUUUGGAAUGCCUAGAGAGAUGGGUCAUAUUUGGUUUUGCCAUCUGCCAUCAAAUGUUGCAACAAGACCAUGCUAAUAAGAUGUGGGUUAGUGCCUUAGAGUCAGGCUGGGUAGUUGCAUUAUUCCGUGAUGAGGUCAUUUACAUUCACAGCUACAUCCAAGGUUACUUUGAUGGUAUAAAAGGUUAUGGCAAGAGAAUAUCUGAGGUAAAGGAUUGUUAUCACCAUGCUGUGCAGAAGGCUGGUUACAAACACAGGGAAAGGCGAAAGUUUUUGAGAACUGCAUUGAAAGAAUUAGGUCUCAUACUAACAGACCAGCCAGGAUUGUUAGGACCGAAAGCCUUGUUAAUUUUUAUUGGUCUUUGCUAUGCAAGAGAUGAAGUGUUCUGGCUAUUGCGACACAAUGAUAAUCCUCCCCAAAAAGUAAAGGGCAAAGCUGCUGAAGAUUUGGAGGACCGCCAGCUUCCAGAACUUUUGUUCCAUAUGGAGGAGCUCCGAGCUCUAGUGAGAAAAUACAGCCAAGUUAUGCAGAGAUACUACGUGCAAUAUCUGUCAGGGUUUGAUGCUGUAGCAUUAAACUUGAUGAUACAGAAUCUCCAAGUUAAUCCCGACGAUGAAAACAUAAUCCUUUCGUCAUUGUGCAGCACUGCUGCCAAUCUGAGUAUAAAGCAAGUUGAAGAUAAUGAAUUAUUCGAUUUCCGUGCCUUCCGGCUAGACUGGUUCAGGCUGCAGACAUACACUUCAGUUGCCAAAGCUGCGUUCAGUCUCGUUGAUCAAAGGGAAUUAGCACAGUUUAUUGAUAAAAUGGUCUUCCACACAAAAAUGGUUGAUAAUCUCGAUGAAAUAAUGGUCGAAACAUCUGACUUAUCCCUGUUCUGUUUUUACAGUAAAAUCUUUGAAAGUCAAUUCCACUUGUGCCUUGAAUUUCCAGCUCAAAAUCGCUACAUUAUUGCAUUCCCGCUAAUUUGCAGUCACUUCCAAAACUGCACUCAUGAGUUAUGCCCCGAAGAAAGACACCACAUUAGAGAAAGGAGUCUCUCAGUUGUAAACAUAUUUUUAGAUGAAAUGGCAAAAGAAGCUAAAAACAUAAUCACUACAAUUUGUGAUGAACAAUGCACAAUGAGCGACAAGUUACUUCCGAAACAUUGUGCGCAAACUAUUGCACACCUGGCUAAUAGGAAGAAGAAAGAUAAAAACAAAAAGAAUACAAUGGCAAUCGUCCAGCCAGGAGCUGAGAGUUACAGGAAGACUAGAGAAGUCCUCACCACUAUGGACAAACUACACAUGGCACUAACAGAGCUAUGUUACGCUAUUAACUAUUGCGCUACUGUCAAUGUAUGGGAAUAUACAUUCGCACCUCGCGAGUAUUUGCAUCAGCAUUUAGAGACUAGAUUUUCGAAGGCACUUGUUGGCAUGGUGAUGUUUAAUCAGGAUACUAGUGAAAUCGCCAAACCAUCAGAGUUAUUGGUCAGUGUACGAGCGUACAUGAAUGUACUGCAAACAGUUGAAAAUUAUGUCCAUAUUGAUAUAACGAGAGUGUUUAACAAUUGCCUUUUGCAACAAACACAAAACACAGACAGUCACGGGGAAAAAACCAUAGCCUCACUCUACACGCAGUGGUAUUCGGAAAUCUUACUCAGGAGGGUCAGCGCUGGAAGUAUCUGCUUUUCCAUGAAUCAAAAAGCUUUUGUAAGUCUGACAGCAGAAGGGGCAAUUCCAUUUAAUGCUGAAGAGUAUUCGGACAUUAAUGAACUUCGAGCAUUGGCUGAACUGAUCGGACCUUACGGCAUGAAGUUGCUAAGCGAAACACUGAUGUGGCAUAUUGCGAGUCAAGUCCAAGAGCUAAAGAAAUUAGUUGUUCAGAACAAGGAAGUGCUUCAAAUGCUUAGGACACACUUUGAUAAACCUGAAAUAAUGAGAGAACAGUUCAAAAGACUCCAACACGUAGACAACGUUUUGCAAAGAAUGACAAUAAUUGGCGUCAUUUUGAGCUUUAGACAAGUGGCACAAGAGUCACUAUUGGAUGUUUUGGAGCGACGCAUUCCAUUCCUAAUUAGCUCAAUCAAAGAUUUUCAGCAACAACUGCCAAGCGGCGAUCCAAUGCGAGUAAUAUCGGAAAUGUGUUCAGCCGCGGGUUUGGCUUGCAAGGUAGACCCCACGUUAGCUUCAGCCCUACGCCAACAUAAAACUGACGUAGAGGAAGAGGAGCAUCUCAUUGUAUGUUUCUUAAUGGUGUUCGUAGCUGUUUCUCUGCCCAGACUGGCUCGCAAUGAAGGUUCAUUCUAUAGACCUUCUCUAGAAGGCCAUGCAAAUAAUAUCCAUUGUAUGGCACCUGCAAUAAACCACAUCUUUGGCGCACUGUUCACUAUUUGUGGCCAAGGCGACAUCGAAGAUCGUAUGAAAGAGUUUUUGGCUCUAGCGUCUUCGUCUCUGCUUCGCCUCGGUCAGGAGACCGACAAAGAAGCUAUAAAGAACCGAGAAUCUGUUUAUCUUCUUUUGGACUUAAUUGUUCAAGAAUCACCAUUCCUUACGAUGGACUUGCUAGAAUCUUGCUUCCCAUACGUUCUAAUACGUAACGCUUAUCACGAAGUGUACAAGCAAGAACAAAUGGCAUUGCAUUUAUAAUGAUUUUGUUCUAGACGACGAAAGACAAAAGCAUUCUGCGUAGCAUGUUAGUUACACCAUAGUUUAUUAUUACACUAUGUCGUUGUAUAGACAAAUUCCAAUACUGCGAGUAUUAUUAAGGCAUUCAUUUUUAAUAUGUUCAUAUUUGAAAUUAUUAUCGACACGUUGAUGAAUCAUUUUAUUUAUACUUCUGAAAUAAAAACCUGUAACUGUUUUUCAAAAGAUUUAGAUUUAAUGAGACUGUUAUUCUAUUCCUUUCAGUACUAAUAUCUAUUGGAUUUUCUUGUAAGCAAAUAUUUUAGGUGUAAUCGUUUUUAUUUUAAUAUAUUUAGUUAAAGUAGAUACUUUAUAAGAAAACAUCGCAGUUCAAUUAUUGUCAAAGAUUUAUUAUUGAUUAAUAUAUUGUAAUAACAAAUCCGUGGAGUUCAUUAACUUGUAUGGAUCACAGAGAUGCGUGAAUACUUUAGGUGAUUAGUUAUAUAAUUGCCGUGACGCUUUUAUAGUUCAUAGAUACUUCAAAAUUGUAGUUUAGUAUCAUUACAUUCUGAGAUUGAGUAGACACCGCCUAAAAGUCUAAAAUCAUGUAGUUUGUUAAUUUGAUCCACUGAAAAUAUUAUUGAAAAGUUACAUAAUGUAUUAAGUUUUUUAUUUUAUGAUUAUAAUAUAAUAAAUACUACUAUUCCUAAAGAAAACACAUUUCAACGUUUUUAACCAUUAAAUUCAGAAAAUAGCACUGCAAUGUUCAUAUGUAAGAUAAAAUUAACCUAACUUAUAACACCAACUACAUUAGGUUUACGAAUAUCUCUAUUUAUAGUUGAUUCAAUCAUUCAAUGUAAUAGUCAAUAGCAACGAGCACUGGUACAUAGAUAAAUAGGUACCUACAUAGUAAUACAAUUGUUUGUAUGUAAUUAUAUCAUUACUGUAGUUAAUAGGAAAUCCGUUUGGAUUACGGAAGCUACUGAUUCGUAUGACUAAUGCGCUCCGCUGUAUGUGUAGAUGAUGUUGACUGUUUUCGUCUAUGAAGUUAAUUAUCAAAAAAUAAUAGACGUGGUUAUUGCUUUGUCGAAAAAUAAAAUAAAUACGGGAGCACCCUUUUUGACGUCAUUCCUCAACAAAUUCAUUUAACAGAUUUUUCGUUUUUUCGAUAAAUCAAACAAACUUUCUGAAAUAUUUAUUAAUAUAAUAUGUAUACAUAUUUUCGACAAAAUAGAUUUUUACGUUUUUAUGAAUCGUUUCCACGCAUGGAAGAUAUCUCGGUUCUUCUUUUUUGUUGUUGUAUCUAUGCACAGCUUUAUUAAAUUCACUUCGUGCUUUUUUAAAGUCUAGAUAAGUGAAAUUGAAUGCAUUGUGGCACAUGCUAAUUUAUUGCAUUAAUUUGUAUUUUAUAGGUAUUGACUUACACGUCGAUAUUUAUUCGAUCGCUGUUUAUUGUCUAGUUAUUGAUACGAUACUUUUGUACCUUGUAUAUACAGAUAUAUCCUUUAUUAAACUCGAAAAAUAUA